AUGGAGAGCGAUCCUGCAGACUCGCUCGAGAGGUCGGCAGAUGGCUGCUACGUAGCCCUCACCCACGACCUCCUCAACAUGCAGCAGGUUACCGACCGAGUCCGCAGCCCAGCCGCCGGGGCCAUCGUCCUCUUCGCAGGAAAACCCCAUGCUCAUUCGCUGCCCUCUGGUUCCGUGGUCUCAGGCACCACAAGAGACAACUUUGGCGGGAAACCCGUCAAGGAGCUUCAGUACUCCGCCUACAACCCCCGCGCGCUGCGCACCAUGCUCUCCAUCACCCAGGACGUCCGGGAGAGGCACGGACUGCAGGGCAUCGCCAUGGUCCACCGGCUGGGGACGGUGCCCAUCGGCGAGGAGAGCAUCCUCAUCGCCGUGUCCGCCCCGCACCGGCAGGCCGCGUGGAGGGCGGCCGAGGAGGCGCUCGAGGAGUGCAAGACCAAGGUCGAGAUCUGGAAGCGGGAGGAGUUUGAGGGGGAGGAAGGAGUGUGGAGGGCGAAUCGGGACGGGGCCGCGGGUAGUAAAGUGAAUUCAUAA